AUGGCCUGCUCCGACCUCUGCCGCCCCUGCGGACCCACCCCGCUGGCUAACAGCUGCAACGAGCCCUGUGUCAGGCAGUGCGAGGACUCCCGCGUCGUCAUCCAGCCUUCCACCGUGGUGGUCACCCUGCCAGGACCCAUCCUCAGCUCCUUCCCCCAGAGCACCGCCGUCGGAUCCUCCUCAUCGGCUGCCGUGGGCAACGUCCUCAGCUCCCAGGGAGUGCCCGUCUCCUCCGGAGGCUUCGGCUUCGGCUACGGCUACGGCUUGGGCGGCCUGGGCUGCUUCGGCGCCAGAAGGGGCUGCUACCCCUGCUAA